CCUUCUACUCCUCCUACCUCCCACGGUCUUGGCUCCCUCAAACUUGAUGCCGUUGCGCCGCACCAUAAGAAAAGUGGUGAUGACUGGUACGUCAUUUUCAAUCCUCAAGUGCAACGUGUUCUUGAUGUCGACCUGGUCCACACCCUCCUCCACGACAGUGUUGUCGCCUCCGUCCGAUUUUCCCAAGACGGAAGGUACGUGGCUACAGGCAGCAAUCGAUUCGCUCGGAUUUUCGAUGUAGACACAGGUGAGGAGAUACACACACUGGAUUGCAGCACUACCGAUAUCGCCGAAGAUAAUUAUCUUCGGAGUGUUUGCUUUAGUCCUAACGGGAAAUAUCUUGCCACUGCUAAUCCAGAUAAGGCCGUCCGAGUGUGGGAUAUUACUACAGAAACUCUCCAUAACCACUUCCAGGACCAUACAGAAGGCGUACACACGUGUGAUUUCGCCCGUGAUGGACGUACUAUUGUAUCUGGAAGUCAUGAUGGGACUGUACGUCUUUGGGAUAUCGAGACAGGUGCCAACACCUCCACUCUAACUGCAAACAACGAAAUAUUGGCCGUUGCCAUGUCCCCCGAUGCUCAGUUUGUAGCAGCCGGGUCAUCGGAUGGUACCAUCUACCUCUGGGACGUUAAGACUGGUAUCUUGGUUGAUCACUUGAAAGACCCCGAUGGUCACAGAUCCGGUGUCUAUUCCAUUGCUUUCUUGCCAAAUGGCAAGAAUCUGGUCAGUGCCAGCUUAGAUCGUACUAUUAAGAUGUGGGAGCUUAGUUUACCUCGCGAUGAACCAAAUUUGGGUAAAGAGGGUGGUAGCUGCGUCAAAACGUUUGAAGGGCACAAUGAUUUUGUUAUUUCUGUUGCUCCCUCGCCAGAUGGCCUUUGGAUAAUGUCAGGUUCGAAGGACCGCAGUGCGCAAUUUUGGGACUCCAAAACAGGCGCGGCUCAAUUCAUACUCCAAGCGCACACGAACACGGUUAUAUCAGUAGCGCCAAGUCCACAGGGCAGUUACUUUGCGACUGGUGGAGGAGAUAAGAAAGUUCGGAUCUGGGCUUACCGCCCAUAU